CGCCACCGGCCCCGACGGCCGCCGUUGCCGAUCGCCCCGUAGGCGCCUCAUCCGGGUGGAAGCGGCGCAGGAGGCCGAAACAGCCGCGGCCUCCGGGACCGGCGAUGCCCAGGGACAGCGAGAAAAGAUGAUGAUUGUAGAGGACUAUGCAGAUCCAUUUGAUACCAGACAAGAAACUAGUUGUCAAACCGGGGAGCAGGAAAGGGUGAAAAGUGAAGGCUAUAUGGAACCGUAUGAAGCUCAGAAGUUGCUGGCAGAGAUCCAGAAAACCGGCUCCAACGAUGCGCUAGCUGCUCAAAAACCUCUGCACUUAUAUGACAUUCCCUAUGAAGCACCUGAGAACUGCAUGGACCCCGACCUCCAGCAACCACCUGGCGUUCAGUGCCGAUACUCGUGGCUGCCGGAAGACGAUGAUCGGCCACCGGAGGAAUACGAUCAGCCCUGGGAGUGGAAAAAAGAGCGUAUCUCCAGGGUAUUUGCAGUUGAAAUCGAAGGAAUUCAGGAGCUGCCAUGGCCCCCGCCCGUUGGGCAGCUAGACAGCUCGGCCAACCACUUGGAUGCUGAGGGACCACCGACUCUUCAGAGCAUCAGCGCCAGAUGCCUGCCGGCCGAUGCUCCGCCAGGCCUCCAGGAUACCAGUUCCAGCCUCCAGGAACCUGAAGAUCUGGCCAGACCCCUGGAUGUCAGUAGCAAGGGAGUUGUGAAGAACCAGCCUUGCGCAGAGAAGAGGAGUAGCGCAUGCUGGCUGAGCAUGGAGCACGGGUUAGCUUUCGGUGAACGCGUCAACCCCACUUUGCCGCUGGAGAGCCAAGCGUGGUAUCAUGGGACCUUGAGCCGAGUGGGUGCCGAGGGGCUACUGAGACUUUGCAGAGAAGCCAGUUACCUGGUGCGGAACAGCGAGAGCAGCCAUGAUGCCUUCUCCCUCUCCUUGAAGAGCAGCCAAGGCUUCCUUCACAUGAAGCUCUUGCAGACUGAAGACAACAAGUUUGUCCUGGGCCAGCACAGCCCUCCGUUUGACAACGUCCCUGAGAUCAUCCACCACUACGCCAGCCACAAGCUGCCCAUCCAGGGAGCAGAGCACAUGUCCCUGCUGUAUCCGGUCACUACGCAACCCUCCAAUUGCCUUGCAGCUGAGCAGUGACUUCUUGCGGAGGACGGGUGAGCGUUGGACAAGAGCAGAACAUUUUUGGAUUGCAGUUGUUUGCGUGGAUUGGAAGAGGAGGCGUCCCAGGUGAGGCUGGAAGGCACAGGCCACCCAAACGGACUUCGGAACUGUUCCAUCCUCAGCUCUGCAUCUGCAGGGGAAACCAGGCUUUUUGCAUGUUGGGAUUCCAGGCCCUCCUCGUUGGGUGCCAGUUAACUCUCUUGACAUCUUCAGGGCAGGCCCCCGCAAAGUAGGAGAAAACCAGUUCUCAGGGAGGAGGACUUGGAAUUAGAAAGCUGGGUGGCACCUCGAGUGUGAAGGAGUCUAACCCCCUACACCAUUAUUCCCACCUGACUCCUUUGGGGCCACUUCCAGCAGGCCUAUUUGCCACAUGUUGCCUGCGCAUCGCAGGUUGAGCAUUCAUAUCACUCAACGUCACGUGAAGCAUGGUACUGUUCUAUGGAGAUAGCUUUCCUGUUUUGACUGAGAGUUGUAAAGGGACGAGAAAUCAAGAGAGGGAGCGUGCAAAUGGGCCAACCAGCCACCAACCUCCUCUUGGUUUCAUAACUUGCUGACUCCUCUCUCUCUAAUUUGACCUCUAUCUGCGGCAGCUUCAAAGCUGGUAGUUUCCUGCGAGCAGACGAAACUAUCCAUGGGAUUUCUGACUGGUUGCUGUUCAGUGGGAUCUGCCGUUCCCCCGAAUGGAGUUGGCCCCGAUGUCUCUCCUGAUGCUACUUCAUCUGUCAAACCCAGGUCUCUGUCCUCAGUCAUGUGCGCAGCCUGCCUUCAGCCAGCUCUCCCGAUGACUGGACCUCUGCUCGUCAUCUUCCAAAAGGCCCCAUCAGCCAGCCUCCAGGCAGAGAUUCAGUGAACUGAGAAGACAAAAAGAACGGAUGACAAGAAAGAUAGAGGAACUGCAGCUCGGUGCAAAGGCAUGGCAAAGGUCCCAGGCUGAAUUUUGGGCAUCUCCAACUGAAAUGAUCAGAAAGGGCAAGGGACAGGAAAGUCCUGUGCUUGAAAUCCUGGAGAACCUCUACCACUUGUGGUAGACAGUGGUGUGGACCAAAAGGGAUGGGUAGUCUGACCUGGUACAAGGCAGCCUUCUUAUGUCCCUAUGGUGGGAGGAUUUGCAUGUGUCGGGAUCCCUUGUGUAAUGAAUUUACCCAGGAUGCAUUGUGAAACCCUCAUUUGGUACUAGUCAGAUGGUCUUUUGUUUCUAGCUCCUUCAAAUAAAAAAAAACAAAUGACAUGG